ACCUGUCAUCUUAGCUACUUGGGAGGCUGAGGUGGGAGGAUCACUUGAGCCCAGAAGCUUGAAGCUGCAGUGAGCUAGGAUCGUGCCACUGCACUCCAACCUGGGUGACACAGCGAGACCCUGUCUCAAGAAAAAAAAAUGCAGAGAAACAGGAGCCUUGGCUACUCCUUUAGAGGCAGACUCAGACCCUCCUGCCUCAUAGCUUUAUCUUUGUAUUUGCCCCUUACUUUAUCUUGUGCCUUGAGAAAUUGCUGGGGAGAGAGGUGUGUCCACCACUGGGCAGCUGUACAGGAUGGAGGCUCUAGGGCGUUUCCACUCCCAGCAGCCAGGUUCUCCCACCCCAAGCUCACCCACUGGUGGGCAGAUUAGCUACAAUAACACCAGAAACACAUUGGGGUGGACUGGGGGUAUCCUUAUGGGUUCUUUUCAGGGAACCAUUGCUGGACAAGGCACAAGAGCCACCUCCAUUUCUGAGUUCUGCAAGGGACAAGAACUAGAGCCAUCAGGGGUUGGGCUCACUGUGGCCCCUCCCCAAGCUGUCAGCCUCGAGGGAUCUACACCCUGCCUUGGCUGCUACAGCUUUUUCACUCCACUGCCCUAGGGGAGUUCAGCAACCUAAUGAUCUCUAUCUCUGAACAUCUCUUCAUCCCAUGCUCCAAGUCCAGCAACCUGCACCCUGGAACCAGGAGUGGACCCUACCCGAUCUGUCUGUAUUAAUCCCCAUCCCUCACCACCAAUCUUAAAAAGCCCUCUGUCCCCCUACCCUAAACCCCAGUUAGGUAUCCAUGCUGGGCAGGUCAGUUAACAAUUUAUGCACAGGUACUAGUUUUAUUGUAUUACCGUCCCAGGGUAGCUUUGAAAAAAGUAUCUCAAAAAGGCAACAUGGGCCGAGUGUGGUGGCUCACGCCUGUAAUCCCAGCACUUUGGGAGGCCAAGGUGGGCAGAUCGCCUGAGGUCGGGAGUUCAAGACCAGCCUGGCCAACAGGGUGAAACCCCGUCUCUACUAAAAAUAAGAAAAUUAGCCAGGUGUAGUGGCACACGUCUGUAAUCCCAGCUAUUCGGGAGGCUGAGGCACGAGAAUUCCAUGAACCCACGAGGCGGAGGUUGCAGUGAGCCGAGAUUGUGCCACUGCACUCCAGCCUGGGCGACAGAGUGGUACUCUGUUUCAAAAAAAAAGGCAAUAUGUAGCCCCAAAGACUGUUGCCCAGGUGCUAUAAUUUUAGCACAGUACCAGCCUAGGUAAAAAAUACAAAAAGUAACUGGGCAUGGUGGCACUCAUCUAUAGUCCCAGCUACAGGGGAGGCUGAGGUGGGAAGAUCACUUGAGCCUGCCAGGAGGCGGAGGUUGCAGUGAGCUGAGAUCGCACUACUGCACUCCAGCCUGGGUGACAGAGUGAUACUCUGUCUCAAAAAAAAAAAAAUAAUAAUUUUAGCACAGUAACCAGCCAUUAUGGGAGAUACCCUGGGUAAGGCAUGUAGAAAGGGUUGAGGGACCUCCCCAGCCCCCCAGCCCCCCAGCCCCACCUCCCAUCCUCCCAUCUUUUCUUUUUUUUUUUUUUUUAGAGAAUCACCCAGCCUGGAGCGAAGUGGUGCAAUCAUAACUCACUGUAUCCUCAAACUCCUGGGCUUAAGCGAUCCUCCUGCCUCAGCCUUCUGAGUAACUAGGACUUUAGGUACCUGCCACCAUGCCCGGCUAAUUAAAUUUUUUUUCUUUUUUUUUUUUUUUUGAGAUGGAGUCUUGCUCUGUCGCCCAGGUUGGAGUGCAGUGGCACGAUCUCAGCUCACUGCGACCUCCACCUCCCAGGUUCAGGCCAUUCUCCCGCCUCAGCCUCCCAAGCAGCUGGGACUACAGGCGCCCGCCAAAACGCCUGGCUAAUUUUUUUGCAUUUUUAGUAGAGACAGGGUUUCACUGUGUUAGCCAGGAUGGUCUCGAUCUCCUGACCUUGUGAUCCACCCGCCUCGGCCUCCCAAAGUGCUGGGAUUACAGGUGUGAGCCACCGCGCCCAGCCAAAUUAAAUUUUUUAUAGAGAUGAGGUCAUGCUGUUACGUUGCCCAGGUUGGCCUCAUGAGAUCUUGCCUUAGCCUCCCAAAGUGAUGGGAUUACAGAUGCGAGACACUGCACCCAACCCCCACCGCUUUUUUUUUUUCUUUUUUCUUUUUUUGAGAUAGUCUUACUCCAUUGCCCAGGCUGUUGGAGUGCAGUGGCAUGAUCUUGGCUCACUGCAACCUCCGCCUCCCGGGUUCAAGCAAUUCUCCUGCCUCAGCCUCCCAAGUAGCUGGGAUUACAGAGGCCUGCCAACAUACCCGACUAAUUUUCGUAUUUUUAGUAGAGACGGGGUUUCUCCAUGUUGGCCAGGCUGUUCUUGAACUCCUGACCUCAAGUGCUCCACCUGCUUUGGCUUCCCAAAGUGCUGGGAUACAGGCGUGAGCCACUGCACCUGGCUGACCCCAGCACUUUUCAAAUGAUGCCGCCCAAAGCCGUGACUUGGCCUACUUUGAACAGCAAACUUGUUGCUGCUGCUGUCAACCUGAAGGCCUCUCAAAUGCCAGCUUCAAGCAGGGUGUGAAUUGGCCAGUGUCAGAUCUCAGGAGUCCUGUGUUGAGAGUGUGGCUUUCAGCUGCGGGGAGCUGCAUUUAGUGGGGAAAGCCAGGCCGGUCACCCUCACAGCCAGAUAAUGUGGAAGUCAGAACCCAAGGAAGGGAGUGAGACCUCAACUCCCAGUGGGGGACCUGGCUACCCAUCCUUGGGGACCUGAGAAAGCGUACUUCACCUUGGGGUGAAGGCUGGGUGGGGCCAGAGGGACCAGUGCCCUCCUCAGUGCUUAGGGGCAGAGCCACCUGCAGCAAUGGUAUCUGCAUAUUAGCCCCUCUCCACCUUCUUUCUCCUGCUGAAUCAUUUCCCUCAAAGCCCAAGAGCUGUCACUGCUUCUUUCUCCCUGGGAAGAAUGAGUGGACUCUGCCUGGUGACACACUGAAGCCAGAACAGUGCCACAGCCUCGCCUUAAUUCCUUGCUAGAUGUUCUCAGAUUUAUGAGACUUCUUAAAUAUGAGGGAGGUUGGAUGUGGUGGCUCGUGCCUGUAAUCCCAGCAUUUUGGGAAGCCGAGGUGGGAGGAUCCCUUGAAGCCAGGAGUUUGAGACAAGCCUGGGCAACAAAGCAAGACCCCAUCUCUAAAAAAAAAAAAAAAAAAAAAAAAAAUCAAAUCUAGGAGAUGCUCUUUACCCUGCUUGGCCUUAAAUUAUUAAUAGCUUCCUUUGAGCAACAUUAUUUAUUAUGAACUUUCAAACACAAAAAAGUAGAGAGAGUAGAAUAACAAAUCCCCAUGGGCCCAUCACCCAACUUCAGUAAUUAUCAAUUCAUGGCCAUCUUGUUCACCCCUGCCUGCUUCCCUGCUUCCCCUCGUUCUGCAGAGGUUCUUUUCUUUUUUUUUUUUUUGAGACAGAGUGUUGCUCUGUUGCCCAGGCUGGAGUGCAGUGGCGCAACUUCUGCUCACUGCAACCUCCGCCUCCCGGGUUCAAGUGAUUAUCCUGCUUCAGCCUCUCAAGUAGCUGGGAUUACAGAUGCCCGCCACCACACCUGGCUAAUUUUCGUAUUUUUGUUAGAGAUGGGGUUUCACCAUGUUGGCCAGGCUGGUCUCGAACUCCUGACCUCAAGUGAUCCGCCCGCCUUGGCCUCUCAAAAUGCUGGGAUUACAGGUGUGAGCCACGGUGCCUGGCCACUGUACAGGUUCUUUAUAGAAGUUGGAGAGUGAAGGGUUGAGAAAGCCAAGGGGCAGAUGCGGGUCUGGAGGAUUUUGUGCCUAAGGCCCUCUCUUUGCUCCCAGGCAGCAUGAAGUAACAAUGAGGCAUCCACCUCUUGGUUUUGUGGCCUCUGUGGAUGACGUCUCUCACCUUGAACCAGUUCAGAGCUGGAGUAGCGCUGGAUCCUGUCUUUGGAGGAGGGGCCGAAGCGGGUUCCUCUGUUGUCAAGCUCUUUGGAGGUGCCUGGCUGCUACUACUGUCCCAGAGAGGUGAUGAUGAAUGAUGGGUGUGUCCAGCGGCAGUUUGCCCCACUGAGGCAGGGGCUUCCACUAGGCCCUGACAGAGCCCUUCCAGCAGGCAGAAAUCCCUGUGCUAGGCAAGAUUCAAACUCUGUAGCAUGUCUCCUGCUCCCAUCUCUUAGGAAUGGAGUCCUUCAGGCCUUGAGUCCCACGUUUUCCAUGAUGCUCCAUUAAGCAGCUGAUAGCACCCCCACCUCCAGGGAAAGUAAGUUCAGAGUCCUUGGUCUAAUCCAUCUGUGUUGAAAUUGAGGCCUUCCCGUGUUCACCUUUCUGCUCUUUUUCCUUUAGCCCAAGGCUAUGAAGGCCUCAUUCGGUGCUGGGCAUGGUCACUCCUAGCAUUCCUCACUCUGUUGCUUACAGCAACAGCAAUAAUAAUAAGGGUUACAACUUACUCCAUACCUUACUGUCUGCCAGGCAUUAAGCUAAGUGCUUUACAUAUAUUAAGUCAUUUAAUCCUCACAAUGACCCUAUGAAAGAGAUACCAUCUCAACCCAAUUGACAGCUGGUUUGCAAGAAUAGGAGGGAUGAAGGACCCAGGGGACAAUGCGAGGGAAAACUCUGACCCCGGGGCCCCAGGCUAGAUGCUCUUUAUGCCUGUGAACCACAGCUUAUCACAUGUCUGGAGUCAGGGACCCCACUUAAAGUGAGAUUUUGGCUGGAGGUGGUGGAUCACACCUAUAAUCCCAGCACUUUGGGAGACCAAGGCAGAAGGACUGCUUGAGGCCAGGAGUUCAAAACCAGUGUAGGUAAUAGCCAGAGCCUAUCUCUACAAAAAAUUUAAAAAUUAGCUGGGUGUGGUGGUACGUGCCUCAAGUUCCAGCUACUCAGGAGGCUGAGGUGGGAGGAUCACUUGAGCACAGGAGUGUGAAGUUACAGUGAGCUAUGAUGGCACCACUGCACUUCAGCCUGGGCAACAGAGGGAGACCCUGUCUCUAAAGUACAUAGAGAUUUUCACACCAACACAUCCCUGCCCAGUAUGCCAAGAUCUGCCACCUGCUAUAAUAGUACUAUAACACUCAAUAUGUAAUUAAUGUAGUCUCAGGGAUGUUAUGACAAUAUGAUUACAACUAUCAUGUGUGUGCCCAGCCAGGCUCAAUGCCCCGAGGCUGGGUGAGGUGGGGCAGGGGACACAGCCUAAAAUGCCAGGCCUCAGGAAGCCAUUUGGUUUAGCAGACAUUGUUUAUUAAAGGAGUUCCCUAUGCCAGAUCAAAGGCCUAAGAUGAUUAAGACACUAUGAGUGCCUUCAAGUGGUUGGGGACGUUCACGAUUGUGGUACAGACAAAUAGGCUUUCACAUCAUUCUUUUAUGUAAUCAUACAACAAAUAUUUGCACCUGCAUGUGCAGAGCACUGGGAUAGGCCUCAGUGACACAGAAUAAUACAGCAAAGACCCCACCUGAUGAGCCCCCUCCCACCACCCACCAGUACAGUAGGGGGUGGUUUAAUGGAGUGUUCCUGGAACAUGAAGUGGGGGCAGGCAUUAGGGGUGGUGGCAAGGGGACAGGUGUUUAUCUGAUCAGUUAUGUACUGUUUACAAUAAGUAAAUCAGGGGAGGGGGAAUAAUACUUAGAACCUAUAGAGAGUAAAUCUGACAAGAUAAAAUGCUGAUGAAAAUAUGGAGGAAAUGAAACUCUCAUGGGUUUUGCAGGGAAUCUAAGUCAGUGCUGUGUUCUGAAUGUAGGUAUACCCUUUGAAUUCAUAUGUUGAAACCUAACCCCCAAAGCAAUGGCAUUAAGAGGUGGGGCCUUUGGGGCUGGGUAUGGUGGCUCAUGACUGUAAUCCCAGCACUUUGGGAGGCUGGCAGGGGGCAGAUCACUUGAAGCCAGGAGUCUGAGAUCAGCCUGGCCAACAUGGUGAAACCCCAUCUGUACUAAAAAUACAAAAAUUAGCCAGGUGUGAUGGUGUACAUCUGUAAUCCCAGCCACUCAGGAGGCUGAGACAGGAGAAUAGCUUGAACCCAGGAGGUGGAGAUUUCAGUGAGCUGAGAUCGUGCCACCGCACUCCAGCCUGGGUGACAGAGCGAGACUCCAUCUCAAAAAAAUAAUAAAAUAAAGAUGUGGGGCCUGUGGGAGGUGGUUAGGUCAUGAGGGUGGAGAUCAUGAAUGGAGUUAGCACCUUAUAAAACAGGCUUGAGGGAGCCCUUCUGUCCCUUCUACCAUGUGGAGAUGCAGUGAGAAAGCACUGUAUCUCUGAAGCAGAGAGCCCGCCCUGGACACUGGAUCUGCUGGCACCUUGAUCUUGGACUUCCCAGCCUCUAGAACUCUGAGAAAUAAUUUUUUGUUGUUUACAAAUUACCCAGGCUAAGGUGUUUCAUUGUAGCCUGAAUGGACCAAGCUGGUGUGACCCUGUUGGAAAACUGGCAGUUAUCUACCAAAAGCCGAACAUACAUAUAAACUGUGAUUCAGCAGUUCCACUCCUGGGUGUGUACACCACAGAAAGCUAUGUCCACCGAGACACUGGCAAGAAUGUUUCUAACCACCAUGCUGACUGUAGCCCCAAACUUGAAACAACCCAAAUGUCCAUCCACCAACCCAAAUGUCCAUCCACAGUUGAAGUUGCAGUGAAGUCACAGGGUCGAAUACUACUGUACAGCAACGAAUAUGAAUGAAAAUAUCGCUAUGCACAGCAACAUAGAUAAAUUUCACAGACAUGAGGUCAGGCAAAAGAGGUCAGAGUCCUCACCAUCAAGAGAGAAUUCAUUGUAUGAUUCUCUUCCUACAAAAAGUACAGAAAUAAGCAAAACUGAUCCAUGGUGUUAGAAGCUAGGGGAACGGUUACCAGGGGAGGGAUACUGGGGAGGGGCAUCCUGGAGUGCUGGUCUACCUCCUCAUCUGGGUGUUGAUUUCACGAGUAUUGUCAGUUUCUGUCCAGACUCCCUGUUGGAGAUGUGGAAAUAAAAACCACCUAAACGAGCAGAGAGGCCAUUUAGUCAAAGUUUGCAAAGGAGUCAGCCAUGAUUACUUGCAUUUGGCAGGGGUCAAAGGCAGGCAGGGACUGGGAAACGUUAUAGUGGAAAAAAAGGGAAGGCUCUCGGUGUGCUGUGAUUGGAGAUUGUUAGCAUGGGGACAGAGCAGACUAACUGUGGAGGGGCAUCUUUGGUUGGCUGGGGGGGUAUAUUUGGCUUUCUCUGGUUGGUCUGGAGUUGGAAGAAGGGGUGUGGUGGCUGGGGAUUGGGAAGAAGCUGGCAGCCACUAAGUUCAGACUGUUCUGGGUCCGAUUGCUGCUGAGGCUGUGGUUUGGCUUCCUUGGCUUCCCAGGCUGGUUAUGGGUUUCUGGUCAGAGUCUAUUGUCAUAUGUGGCCUGACCAUUGUCCGGCUGUAUGUUCAGUCUCUUGGAAGGAAGGGUAUUGACUCUCAGAGGGGCCGCCAUCGCUGGAAUGGGAGACACACAGCACUUCCUCCAGCUGCCUACACCCCCUGGGGUCAGUGGUGCCUGCCUGUGAGGGUGAGCCCAAUGGCUAGAGGGCUCUGCUCCAACUCAUUGCUUACUACACCCACAAACAUUCUUCGUUCUUUAAGGCCUAACUUAAAGCCCAGAUCCUACAGGAAACCUUGAUUAGACCCCUCUCUUUAUUAAGCCUCCUAAAAUCAAACCCUGCUUUUGUGUAAAUGCUGACCUCCUUGCCUACAUUUUAAAAACCUAGAGCUGGGCAUGAUGGCCCCAGCCUGUAAUCCCAGUGAUUCAGGAGACUGAGGUGGGAGGAUUGCUAGAAGCCAGGAGUUCGAGACCAGCCUGGGUAACAUAGCUAGACCACAUCUCUUAAAAUAAAAUAAUUAAUUUAGCCAGGCAUGAUGAUAUGCGCCUGUAGUCCCAACUACUUGGAGGGCUGAGGUGUGAGGAUCUUUGAGCCCGGGAGGUCGAGGCUACAGUAAGCUAUGAUCUCACCACUGUACUCCAGCCUGGGUGACAAUGCGAGACCCAGACUCAAAAAAUAAAAAUAAAAACCCUGAAUAUCUUCCUUCUACUUCUUCAGUGCUGUUUUUAUUAAAAACAAAACAAAACAAAAACCCCCCCACAACUUUUUACUGAAGUGUAAUGUAAAUGCUGUAAAAGGCAGUGAAAGGCACAAGGGAGGUGGAGGGGUAGGAAGGGUGGAAGUGGGGGGAGGAAGUGGCAGGGCAGGCAAAAUGAAGGGAAGCCCUGGGUUCUUGUCCUGCGUCCGCAGCCAGCUCCCACUUUCCUCACCCUCCAGGACCUGUAAACUGUGGGGCUGGACCAGUUAUGUCAAAUCCGUCCUCCCCCAGAGCUCAGUCCCUCCGCCCUUGGGUGUCCUUGGCACAAGGCAGGCUAGGCUGCACCAGCUUCCUCCAUCUCCGUCCCACCUCCCCCAUCCCCAGGUGCCAUUCCCACACCAUCUGAAUCACUGAUUUCCUCGCAAUCAGACGCUAUCUUCCAGUUAAUCACUUCACUUGUAUUUAACAUAAGAAAGAAAAACCCUUUCAUUAUCACAUACAGCUGGAAAUCGGCUUCUUGCAGGAGGCGUAUCCAAAGGAAUUGGAGAAGAGAGAAACUGGUAAUUGGUGAAAGAAUUACUUUAAUUUUUUUUCCUACUUGCUGUCAUGAUGAUGUCCUUAGAAUUGUAAGCCCGUGGACACUUCCGUACAGUAAAUCUGCUAUUAUUACUUCUAGAACUACAGUUAUAAUGGUCUACAAUGGCCAGAUGCCUGCUUGUAAUGAGAAGCUACUGCAGUGACGAUCAACAGAGUCAGGGGGCUUGUCUGUGACGUCUCCUCCUUUUCCCUCCUGCCUUCUACCUGGGGAUGGUUUUUCCAUGGUUUGGACUGGAUAUUGGUGGAACUCUGGUCAAGCUGGUUUAUUUUGAACCCAAAGACAUCACUGCUGAAGAAGAAGAGGAAGAAGUGGAAAGUCUUAAAAGCAUUCGGAAGUACCUGACCUCCAAUGUGGCUUAUGGGUCUACAGGCAUUCGGGACGUGCACCUCGAGCUGAAGGACCUGACUCUGUGUGGACGCAAAGGCAAUCUGCACUUUAUACGCUUUCCCACUCAUGACAUGCCUGCUUUUAUUCAAAUGGGCAGAGAUAAAAACUUCUCGAGUCUCCACACUGUCUUUUGUGCCACUGGAGGUGGAGCGUACAAAUUUGAGCAGGAUUUUCUCACAAUAGGUGAUCUUCAGCUUUGCAAACUGGAUGAACUAGAUUGCUUGAUAAAAGGAAUUUUAUACAUUGACUCAGUUGGAUUCAAUGGACGGUCACAGUGCUAUUACUUUGAAAACCCUGCUGAUUCUGAAAAGUGUCAGAAGUUACCAUUUGAUUUGAAAAAUCCGUAUCCUCUGCUUCUGGUGAACAUUGGCUCAGGGGUUAGCAUCUUAGCAGUAUAUUCCAAAGAUAAUUACAAACGGGUCACAGGUACUAGUCUUGGAGGAGGAACUUUUUUUGGUCUCUGCUGUCUUCUUACUGGCUGUACCACUUUUGAAGAAGCUCUUGAAAUGGCAUCUCGUGGAGAUAGCACCAAAGUGGAUAAACUAGUACGAGAUAUUUAUGGAGGGGACUAUGAGAGGUUUGGACUGCCAGGCUGGGCUGUGGCUUCAAGCUUUGGAAACAUGAUGAGCAAGGAGAAGCGAGAGGCUGUCAGUAAAGAGGACCUUGCCAGAGCGACUUUGAUCACCAUCACCAACAACAUUGGCUCAAUAGCAAGAAUGUGUGCCCUUAAUGAAAACAUUAACCAGGUGGUAUUUGUUGGAAAUUUCUUGAGAAUUAAUACGAUCGCCAUGCGGCUUUUGGCAUAUGCUUUGGAUUAUUGGUCCAAGGGGCAGUUGAAAGCACUUUUUUCGGAACACGAGGGUUAUUUUGGAGCUGUUGGAGCACUCCUUGAGCUGUUGAAGAUCCCGUGAUCAUUACCUGGGGAGGGGUUCCUGAAACCUUCCACAGUGGGAUCUGUGGACUUCCAUUUUUUUAAGAGACUUACUCAAUUUCAUGACUGUGUACUACCUGAAACAAAGUGAGAAAGGACACGUGUAUUUUUCUAAGUCAUCAAGAUAAAUCCUUAAGAAUUCAGUCUAAACUAGCAACCAGGAAGGAAAAAUAUAUUAAAAACAACAAAAAAGUGGCCCAUGUCCAGGCAGUGUGAGGAUUUGCUGUAUAUAAGUUGCCUUCUUUGUAUUUUUGAAAUCUCUGCAUCACUCACUGGAGAUGCUUCCGAAGAGAGCUGCUCUGUGUUCAGUUGACUGUGGUUUUGUGUCCUGUUUGAACUUGCUGAAUGUAAGGCAGGCUACUAUGUGUUAUAAUCUAAUCACAAUUUGUCAAUAUGGUCUUGGCAAUCAUCUGUGCAUUACUCUGGUUUGCAUUAAGCGUGUGUGUGAACUUACUGUAAAACAUGUUUUAUUUCAAGGUUCUGCAAAAUUAAUUGGGCAGGUUAAUUGUGUACCUGAAAUGUAACAAGCAGUUUUUGGAAGGGCAGUUCCACGUUACUUUACGCUAAAUCCUGGGAAUGAAUGCUGGAGAGACAGGGCUUCUUUUCUUGGCAGAAUUUCCUUGGGUAGUGGGAGGACUGUUCUGAUGCAAGUGGGUACACUGGCAGAAGCAGCACAAUCUGGAGGACUAACAUGAGUCAGAAGGGCCACUAGAAUCGACACCCCCUCAGGGGAUCAGGGAGAAUCUGGUUUUUCUUUCAGGCUAAGUAGAAAAGGAAGAACUGAAGUGUCUGUCAAAGAACUCAUGGGGAGUGGGGGGUCCUUCAGGGCACUGUGGCACUUGGGAGGUGAGGCUCAGAAGACUGUCUGAGGAGAGUGUCAGGCUGCAGGUGCUCUUGGUAGGGGCUGAAGCUUUUGUUUCUGCUGUGCAGAAUAAUUUCAAAAGCCUUUCCCAAGGAGAGAAUGCACCUUUUACAUCUGAGGUCUUAAGUAGUGCCCAUAUUGCUGUUGAAGGCAAGGAUGGGCCUGUACAAAGCAGCCUUGGACCAGGAAGGAAAACCCCAAGGCUCUGCAGCCUCCCUGCUCCCCUCUGUUUAAGGCUGUGGUCAGGGAGGGAUGGGCAGGGUGCCAGCCGCAUGGAGGCAGCAGAGACACCCGCGUUCCAGCUGGGGCAAGGGGAACUGAUGUGUGGGCUGUGGGCUGUUCCACUAGGCAUGGCUACCUCUGCACAUGGGCCUUGGCACUUAGGAAAUAUGGGUGCUGCUGCAUUGGGACCUUGUGUGGGUGCAGAGCAGGAUGGCUGCUGCGUGGAGGGUAAUUUUGUCCCCUGGACAGUGAUUGGUGACCCUCUUCCCUGCUGCUGCUGUUUGCAGGCUCCUGGCCUAUAACUACCUCUGAUGCCCUAAUCCUGAGUUCCUCUGCCCUCCUCUGCUGCCAGCAGCGCUCUUGGUGGCCUCACCCUCCAGUACCCAGGCACCAAAGAUGGCACCACCAUCCUCCUGUUUAUACCACAGGGUGCUGUACCACAGGGUGCUGUUUGUACCACAGGCUAACUCCUGUGAACUUGCUCACUUCCCAUGGAGACCCAGGCCAGGGCCUGCCCCUCUGAGGCCCCUGUUUUGUGGUCCUGCUGCCUCUGCUGUGCUGCGUUCAGGAGGUUGUUCACUGCUCGACGUGGGUCAUCAUGCAGCCCUUGCUGUUCCCACAGUUUAACAGAGAAGGAAACUGAAACCCAGAUGAGUAAGCCUGCCCAAGGUCACUCAGCUGGAAAAGAGCAGAGCUGGACUCAAACCCAGGACUGUCUGUCUCUGGUGCCUGAGUUGGGAAGACACUGUUGAUGUCCCCUUCUGCCUCGCUUUGAGCUUCCUCCUCCCUGGGCCCUCCUCCUACUCUAGAGAAACUAGUCCAUUCCCUCAUGUUCCACCUUGUGCUCAGUAAACCCUAUCACUCCACAGCAGGGUUUUUGUGUGUGUGUGUGUUUUUGUUUUUGAGACAGUCUCACUCUGUCACGCAGGUGGAGUGCAGUGGUGCGAUCUUGGCUCAUUGCAACCUCUGCCUUCCAGCUUCAAGCAAUUCUCCUGCCUUAGCCUCCCGAGUAGCUGAGACUACAGGCACGUGCCACCAUGGCCGGCUAAUUUUUAUAUUUUUAGUAGAGAUGGGGUUUCACCAUGAUGGCCAGGCUGGCCUCGAACUCGAGACCCCAGGUGAUCCGCCUGCCUUGGCCUCCCAAAGUGCUGGGAAUACAGCUGUGAGCACCUGCGCCCGGCUCACAGCAGGGUUCUUGAUAGGCCACCAGUGAAUCCCAUGCCGCCGAAUCUGGCAUUCAUUUCACAGCCUCAUCUCAGUUCUCACUCAGCAAAGAGCCCUCUUGCCUGUCCUGCCACCCAGGCUACUAAUGUUCUGGUUCAUUCUCUGCUGACAGUUAGCUGUGGCUCUCCUCAGCCUCAGUCCUGGGUCUCCCCAAGCAGUCAUCAGCAUCACCUUGACUGAUUUCCAGGGAACACUUCAGCCACCCCUUACCUCUGGGCUCCAGCCUCGAGACACUGCCUUCUCUCUGCAUUUGUUCAUCUCUGUGCAGCAACGUCCACAUCCUCAUCCCAGCUUACUGCCGUCUCACCACCUUCAGGUUGUGAGGUGCCCAUAAACUCUGCUGUUACCAUUGCCACUUCCCUGUCCUCUCAGCAGCUGUCCCUUUCAGUCUGCCCUCCACUAGUGGCCAUGAAGGGGGCUGUGACCAUGGUCCAGGUGAGAAAGGCAGGCCUGAAGUAAGAUGGGAGAAGUGGGUGGCCAGAAUGGAGAGGGGAGAAGUGGAUGGCCAGAAUGGAGAGAUGCUUAGAGGGCUGUGUUUGGAAGUGGUGACUGGAUACAGGGGAGGGAGGAGAGAUAGCAAGAGGGCACCUGGGCUCAUUUGUGGACUACGUGAUUUUGAGACUCCAAAUAAGCACUGGGUAUUUGGGUUGGAGAUACAGAGCUGAGAAUGGUAUGCAUGUAGGUGGUCAAAGCAAGGGGGAUUUUAUGAGUUCUAAGGUAGGGUGAGAAAAAUAACCGAGAGUUGAGCAGUGACGGAGGAAGCUGCAAAGAAAACGACUGCUCAGGGAGAGGCUGGCCAGGGCCUGUGGCUCAGGGGACUGAGAGAAGAGGAGCUCUCUGGGCAUCUGAAUUGAGGUUGCCCACAUUUGGUUGCAAGAUCCUGGCUGGCCUUGAUGGAAGCUGGGAAGCCACAAGGCAGCAGCUGACUUGGAGAGGUCCUAGUGAGGGGUGGUGAGGAGAGCAGCAAUGGCCACACAGGAAGGCUUCGAACGUUUUUUCUCCUGACACUAGUUAUUUCCAGGCCUGGGAUAUAGCUAGGGGCUUAAGGUGGGGGCAACUCUUCAGGGUGGUGUGGCCUGUGGAGGAAACAGGCUCAGUUCCACUACUUCGGCCAGGUGCGAUGGCUUAUGUCUGUAAUCCCAGCACUUUUGAAGGCCAAGGCGGGUUGGAUCACCUGAGGUCAGGAGUUCAAGACCGGCCUGGACAACAUGGUGAAACCCCGUCUCUACUAAAAAUACAAAAAUUAGCCGGGAAUGUUGGUGUGUGCCUGUAAUCCCAGGUACUCAAGAGGCUGAGGCAGAGAAUUGCUUGAACCUGGGAGGCGGAGGUUGCUGCAGUGAGCCGAGAUUGCUCCACUGCACUCCAGCCUGGGUGACAGCAAGACUGUCUCAAAAAAAAAAAAAAAAAAAAAAAAAUCUGCUAUUUCAGGUCACCCUGGUGCUGGCGUUCACGUGGAAGACUGCUUAUCUGUAUCCAGCUGUUUGCAGAGCUCAGGGAGGCCAGGGGGCUUCAGCCUCCACUGUACUCUGCAUUCCAGGAUUCUCUGUUCUCUGUCUGUGGUGGCCUGACACACUCUUCACCACUGACCCCCUCCCCUCCUUGCACACCAUGCCACAGGAGGGGACAGGAGUUUCCAUCACAGUCACUCAGUACUAGUUACCAGCUCUGAUAGAAUCACCUUGAGUUUCCAAGUCUUGCUGAAGGUGCUUGCGUAAGUGGCACAUGGAUGUUCCCUCUGUUCAAAGGCAUAUGCGCAACACUAAGUAUUUUUCAAAAUUUGCUUUUAUUUACACGUUUGAGUCAAUUACAUGCAUGUUUUAUUUUUUAAAGAGUGAUUAGCAAAAUGCAUUAAAAUUUUAAAAUAGCAAUUAAAUAUACAAAAAUAUAGCUUACAAAAAACUGCGAAUGUUUAAAAAUAUUCUGCUGCAGAAUUUUUAGUGUACAAACACGUCUAUGAAACCUGAGGUUCAGCAUUUCAUAAACCUUUUUUUGAAGGAGUUACACAAUACCUAGUGAGGAAACCCGAGGGCCAAACUACAAGACGAAAAAGUGCCCCGUUCCUGGCAAUGAUGUCAAAAGACCAAGAGGCAACAGUUACCAGCAACACUCUAGGAAGACCAGCUGUCACCAGAAGGGAGUUCCUAACACUUGCCACACCUGCUCCCCCGACCUCCCUGCCCUAGUGGGGGCCUGGGAGGGAAGGGCAGAUGGAGAGGAACGGUGUGCAGUGGGCCUGAGAUGCAGAUCCACCAGGCUUGGGACUGGCAAAGGGAGCUGAGAAGAACUCUCCCAAAGCACAAACAAGUCCGCUGACACUGGUGGGGCCCUUAUAGUCACAGAAGUAAGGACUGGAUGGUAAGCCAAAGGUGCUGACGCUUGGUCAAAAAGUGGAGUACAUCUUUGCAUCUUGUAACAAUUUGGGCUCUAUAGCUGAAUUGGCAAAGUAAGGUUUACUGAACAAGCCCCUCUUUUUCUUCUGAUAUCCCCACUCAAAUGGAAGCACAUUCCCCAGCACAUGGGGAUCCCUUAUUAAUCUUUACUAAAGAAGGAUGACCCAGCAUUUUCCAGUUAUCAACUGGAUAUUUAGGCAUGAAUCUGGACAUGUCCUUCUCCUUAGGAAAUCUGUAACAGCUACAGGAAAAAACACACCCAGGGCCAGAGAUUCUACAAGUGCCAGAAGAGUGGAGGUGGUAGAGAAUUUUUUUCACAAGUUUUGGGUUAGGGCACCAGUUGCAAUUUUAAUCCAGGGGAGGAUCUGGGCUGCUGCUGUAGGGGGCAAGUACACCAGGGAGGUGGGUGCGGACAGAGGCACUGGGCAGCUGCUGGGAAGCGAGGCACAAGUCUGUGCCCCUACUCCCAGGGCUGCCUGGAGGAAGCAGCUCUUUCAUCAGUGGGGAAAAAAAUGAACUUAAACUAAAAAAAUUAUUGGCCGGGCGCAGUGGCUCACGCCUGUAAUCCCAGCACUUUGGGAGGCCAAGGCGGGCGCAUCACGAGGUCAGGAGAUUGAGACCAUCCUGGCUAACAUGGUGAAACCCCGUCUGUACUAAAAAUACAAAAAAUUAGCCGAGCAUGGUGGUGGGCACCUGUAGUCCCAGCUCCCGAGGCGGGAGAAUGGCGUGAACCUGGGAGGCGGAGCUUGCAGUGGGUCAAGAUCGUGCCACUGCACUCCAGCCUGGGUGACAGAGCGAGACUCUGUCUCAAAAAAAAAAAAAAAAAAUUGUUGGUGGGGUAAUUUCUGUUGUUGUCGAAUGGAAAACGAGGGAUAAACGGAAAAUUCUGGAGGAAGCAUUUUCUUUUUUUGUGUGUUUUUUUGAGACGGUGUCUCGCUCUGUCGCCCAGGCUGGAGUGCAGUGGGGAUCUUGGCUCACUGCAACCUCUGCCUCCUGGGUUCAGUCAGUUCUCCUGUCUCAGCCUCCUGAGUGGCUGGGAUUACAGGCACGCAUCACCACACCCAGCAAAUUUUUGUAUUUUUAGUAGAGGGGGUUUCACCAUAUUGGUCAGGCUGGUCUUGAACUCCUGACCUCAGGUGAUCCGCCUGCCUCAGCCUCCCAAAGUGCUGGGAUGUUGGGAUUACAGGCGUGAGCCACUGCGCCCAACUGGAAGCAUUAUCUUUUCAAAGUGUGUGCAUAGAGUGAGGAGGCCAGCCUGGGCAACAUAGUGAGUUGAGACCUAUCUCUACAAAAAAUACGAAAAUUAGCCAGGUGUGUUGGUGUGCACCUGUAGACGCAGCUACAGACUGAGGCGGGAGGAUCACUUGAGCCCAGGAAGUUGAGGCUGCACUGAGCUACAAUGGUGCCACGGCACUCCAGUCUGGGUGACAAGAAGACCCUGUCUCAACAACAAUGAAAAGUUGGGAGGGAAAGGGAGUAGCUCCAUGAACUGACACUGGACAUUCAGGCAUAUCCACAGUUAAACAUGAGACUCAGUGUGCACUUGCUCAGUAGCUAAGAUGUCUGCCCCACAAAAUAGAAGCCUUCAGUUGCUGUUGCUCAAACUCCUGCAUCAAAGACACAAGAGCUUGCCUAAGAGACCACAACAGUUGUAGCCACACAUCACCACUGGUCCUCACUUGGAACUGGCCAAGUUGGGGGAGGGGCCAGCAGCUGCCCAGGCACCUGCAGAGGCUGCUCAGAGCUGGGAGAGGCCUGUGCUGUCAGCUACAGAGCCUGAUCUUGAGCAUGCUGUCGCAGAUAGAAAGUCAAUCAGAAAAAUCUGGUUGUGCUCUUGGAUUAGCUGGGCAUUUGGGGUAAGGGAGGGACUGCAGAU